AAUCGUUUAAGGACACUCGAUCAUUCAACAUAUUGCCAAGCUGUUGACUGGCAUGAGUUUUGGUCGUCGACAACACCGAAAGAAGAAGAAGAAGUGCGCGUAAUAAAGUACAUUGAGGUGUAUACGUAUAAAAAUGUGUGUGCCAUAUCAAAUUCCAUAUGAAAUUCAAUAAGCUCGGCACAAACAAGUUUAGAAAAAAAAAGAAGUGAAGAGCGUUACAAAAACAAUAAUAAUCGAAUAAACAUAAAAGGAAACGCGUCAAUACUAUUUCCCCCCAUCGUGAUGAUUGCAUAGAGUGUCAGUGGGAGAGUGUAAAGCAUCAGGAAAAUUGUUUGUGCACGAAGAAUCAACCAAAACACGAGAGAAGAGAAGAGAUACACCAGAAAAAAAUACAACAGUUCAGACAAUUCGGGGUGGUAUUUCACAAGCAUUAUUCAUUUUACCUCAUUCUGGAGUAUACUUCAAAAACUGGAACAUUCAUGAAUAUUUAUUGUUCUAUUGACUUUUGCUAUUGUAUAUUAUAAUCAUCAGUAUCGUCCUUGUUGUCGUUCCGCAUGAUUUUUUUUUACAAUGUAAUAGUAAACAAAAAGUAAAUUUCGCUUGAGACAAAUACAUUUGUGUAGACGGCUCAGCAUCGGGGCAUGAUAUUGUAGGGGAUCGCAUAUUCCGAUGUUUCCAUAAAAAGAAAAAGAACAUACUUUAUUGCUGCUGCUACUCACAACAACCAAAAAUAUUUUCCUAAUUAAACCAAAAACUGAAUGGAAAAAAGUGUAUGUUUGCGUGAGAGUAAACGACAUAGACCUACAGAGAGAGAGAGAGAGAGAGCAAUCUGUGGAAAAAUGAAAUCUGUUGCCGUUUUUGCGAUUAUUGCUGUGGAGGUGUUUGCUGUUGUGAUAGCAACCAAAAAGCUACCAAGUACCAAACUCCAUACUUUGCUAUUGGAUCAUCAUAGCAUGAAAUUAACGUGGUAUAUCGAUUGGCCGAAAAAGGAAGUCCUCUUCAAUGUGGACGAAGCAUUCACCGAUGAAACCGACUGGUUCGCCUUUGGCUUUUCAAAACGCGGUCAAAUUGAAGGAUCCGAUGUUUGCUAUUUUGUCAAGAGCAUCUACGAUGAGUCAUAUAAUGAGGCUAUCGACACGUACAUCGGAAACGAUAAAAAAGUGUACCGAGAUUUACAACAGGAUUGUGAAUUGCUUCGCAUUGACGAUCGGUCAGUGGCGUUCAAGCGAAAAUUCGAUACGUGUGACCCGCAAGACUUCAACAUGCAUGAGGGAACAAUGUAUAUUUUAUGGUCGCGCGGUGAGGAAAUUUUGAAUUUCCCCAUGGAUUACGAAAUAAAUGGAACAUCACUACAGAAUCAGCGGCACAAGCGCGAAGGUCAUACUCAUUCACAUUCGCCACAUCGGAGCGGUGCCAACGAUGGUCUGGUUAUGGCGCAAAUGUUACGUGCCGAUAAACUUGUCAUUCCGGAAAGGGACAUUAUGGAGGUGGAUGUUACAUUGAAUGAGGUUACGAUACCGGCACAAGAAACAACUUACUGGUGUCACAUUCAAAAGUUGGGCGAUUUCAUCCAACAAAAGCAUCACAUUGUACAAUUCGAACCACUUAUUUCGAAUGAAGAUAUCGUACAUCACAUGGAAGUGUUCCAUUGUGAGACGGACGUUGGCGUCGAAAUUCCAUUGUACAACGGUGAUUGCAAUCAAUUGCCUGAAGAAGCUAAAAUAUGCAAUAGAGUUAUAUCGUUGUGGGCAAUGGGUGCAAGUGCAUUCACAUAUCCGAAAGAGGCUGGGCUGCCAAUUGGAGGCGCUAACUAUAAUCCAUUCAUUCGGCUUGAAGUACACUUUAACAAUCCAGAACUAAAAAGUGGAUUAAUCGAUCAGUCGGGCAUGCGGAUCAGAAUGGUGUCGAAGCUUAGGAAGCACGACGCAGCUAUUAUGGAACUUGGAUUAGAGUACAGCGAUAAAAUGGCAAUACCUCCAGGCGUGUUAGGAUUUCCGUUGAGUGGUCACUGCAUCGCCGAAUGCACACAAACGGCACUGCCAAAAUCUGGCAUCAUCGUAUUCGGGUCACAAUUGCAUACACAUCUUCGCGGACUUCGAGUUUUGACACGACAUUUUCGUGACGACAUUGAGCUGCCAGAACUUAACCGAGACGAUUACUAUAGCCACCACUAUCAAGAAAUACGCUACCUGCGACAUCAAGUGAAAGUUUAUCCGGGAGACGCUUUGAUUACAACUUGCUACUAUGAUACUCGAGGCUAUACCAACACAACGCUGGGUGGCUUUUCUAUCAGUGACGAGAUGUGUGUGAAUUACAUUCAAUAUUAUCCAGCUACAAAACUUGAAGUUUGCAAAAGUUCUGUGUCGGAGAAAACUUUAGAAGAUUAUUUCUUCUAUAUGAAACGACGCGAGCAUCAACAUGAAGUGUCGUUAAAAGGAGCACGCUCGAAAAACUAUCGUUCCAUUGAGUGGACAAAGCCACACAUUGACGAGUUGUACGGAAUGUACGUGCAAGAACCAUUGAGUAUGCAGUGCAAUCAGUCAGAUGGCCAUCGUUUUCCGGGUUUCGAUUGGGAAGGUGCACCCAUCAGUCAAGCCUCGAUUCAGGUGCCAAUGCGACGAUUCGAAACAUGCGAAAAUUAUAAUCCGUACGGUGUAAUUCCACUCGAACAAGGCGAUUGCGGAUAUUUAGGCGAAUGUAUUUAUUAGAGCAGGAUCACUAUCAAAGAUAUAUUUAAGAUUAACUCAAAUUCCAUCACAUUAAACCUACAUUUAAGCACACCAUUCAAAGCAAAUAAAGUCGCUGUUAAAUUUG